AUGCAGUUCUUGAAAUUCGGCUCUUAUCUUGCUAUCAUCAGCUUUGCUGUCCUCCAGACUGCGGCCAUGCCUAAGCCUAUGCCUGUGCCCAACGCAGAUGAUGAGUUCCUGCCUGGGGUCAGUUUCAACAUGGACAAAUACGCCGGCGGUGAGUAA